AUUGCGCGGCCAAAUCAAAGCAAUAUGGCGGCUUGACAUAAUAAUUUUUGAUACGGAAUAUAUUAUUUUGAUUGUAACGAAAUAAUCGUCCCGCGUUUCUAUUAAAUUAUUCUUUGGUCGGAAGUUAACAGGAAAGUACGUUGGCUGGGGUAAAUAUAAGCGAAACGUGUUCACGAGCCGGCUGAAAACGAAGUUUCUUUCAUUUAAAACUGAACAGUGCUUCCAAAAUUUAUUUUAUUAAUAGAUGCAGAGAUGUCCUUAAUUUAACAUCAUUGUGCAGUGAAAUUCAGUGUUGAUCACCAGUUUUCUAUGAAGAACUAUGUCGUCAACACAAGGCAAAAUUCGGGGUCCAGGAAGACCACCGAAAUCAAAAAACUCUUGUACAUGGUGUGGAGAAACUAAACAACCAUUAAAAUAUGUUCUUCCUACGCAACAUGGAAAAAAAGAAUUUUGUUCUGAGACUUGUUUAUCUGAAUUUCGUAAAGCUUAUGUACGAGGUGCAUGCGUCCAUUGUGACAAUGUUAUUAGAGGCACACCUGUGCGAUUGGAACAAAAAGAUGCACCUACGAAAGAUUUUUGUUCUUCAUUUUGUUUAAAUAAGCAUCAGAAGAAAGAAGGACAACCUGAUGUAAAAAAGAAUAAUAGGGAUCAAUCAUCGCCUGCGCCAUCUAUUUCACCAACAGGUUUAUUAAGUGGAAAUAAUGUUCCAUCUACAACCCAGUCUUUCACAAACUCUAAUAAUCACACAACUAUGUCUCAUCCUCCAUCAACUUCUACAGGUCCAUUUCAGUACGAAACAUAUCAAACUUUCGAUUGGGAUCUCUACUUAAAAGAAACAAACAGUCAAGCUGCUCCCAUUGACUGCUUUAAACAGCACGAAGUUCCACCAACCAAUGACUUUAAGAUGGGUAUGAAGUUAGAAGCUCUUGAUCCUCGCAAUUUAACAUCAACAUGUAUUGCAACAGUAGUUGGUGUACUUGGUCCCCGGCUGAGAUUAAGACUAGAUGGCUCGGAUAAUAAGAAUGAUUUCUGGCGCUUAGUUGACAGUAACGAAAUCCAUCCUAUUGGUCAUUGCGAAAAGUCUGGUGGCAUGUUGCAACCUCCAUUAGGCUUCCGAAUGAAUGCUUCCAGUUGGCCAAUGUUUCUUUUAAAGACAUUGAAUGGGGCAGAAAUGGCACCUGCAAAAGUAUUCAAACGUGAACCAAAAACACCACGUUCUAACAUGUUUGAAGUUGGACAUAAGUUAGAAGCUAUAGAUAAAAAGAAUCCACAACUUAUAUGUACAGCAACUGUUGGUGCUGUUAAAGAUGAUAUGAUUCACAUUACGUUUGAUGGCUGGAGAGGUGCUUUCGACUAUUGGUGCCGCUUUGACUCUAGAGACAUCUUUCCUGCUGGGUGGUGUUUUAAAAGUGGACAUCCAUUGCAACCACCAAGACAAAAAUCAACAGGGCCUAAUAGAUUUAAAUCAAGGACCAGUAAUGUUUUACCGGUAAUGGCAAUAUCUGGUGGAGGUACUAACGGAGAACCAGCUGUUGCUUUAGUGAGUCCUGCAGGUUCCAGUGCUCCUCCGCAACCAGCUACAGAACCUGAUACUAGUACAGCUAAUACCAAACCACAUUCUUUGGAGAAUGUUACAAUUUAUGUAAACCACAAUUGUACCUGUGGUCCUUACUUUGAUCCUCGUAAAGUAAAAGCUAUGCCAGCACAAUUUGGCACUGGUCCCAUUUUGAAUGUAACAAGAGAUAUAUUUCAAGCUUUCCUGAUGGCAGCAAUGAGUCCAAGACAAAUGUUAAGCUUAUUAAAACGUGGUGAAGGAGAAACCAUAAGCUUAAUCUUAGAGAGUAAACCUACUUCUGUCAGGUUACCAAUAUUUAUGGAAGAAGAGGAUUUUUAUAUAUACAUAAGGCGACAACUUGAAGAUCUUUGUGCAUGCGAACACAUGUUGUUCAGAAGAAAGGAAUCUUGUAAUAAAUGUCCAAAUACUCAGCAACCACAAUCUACAAAUAGUGAAGAAACAGUUGCUACUGCUACAACUAACAGUACUGCUACUGGAGAGAAAAGGAGAUGGCAAUCUCAAAGCCAACAAAAUUUAUCAUCUAGUAUUCAGCAACAGCAAAUACAACAGAAUUCCGUGCCAAGUAUAAAUAAUUCGACAUUAUCAUCUCCAACAGCUGCAAAACAAUCUAGGAAAUCCGUUCCUGAACUUGAAGCUGCAACGUCAACUACCCAGUCUGAAAGUUCUACAAAUCGUACAGCUUCUACUGAACCGGCAGAAUGGACUAUUGAAGAUGUAAUACAUUACAUUGGUGUCACUGAUCCUCAAUUGGGCCAACAUGCAGAUUUAUUCCGGAAACAUGAAAUUGAUGGUAAAGCUUUAUUACUUUUAAAUUCCGAUAUGAUGAUGAAAUAUAUGGGAUUGAAACUUGGGCCAGCGCUAAAAAUAUGCAAUAUGGUAAAUCGUAUUAAGGGUAGAAGACAUAUUCUUCUAUGACUUUGUUGAACAUCAGAUUAUGUAUAGUGAGUUGGAUCAACCCAUUACUUAACUGGCUGGUCAGAUUUGUUUUCAUUAUUGAAAACAAAUUAAUAUAUAAGUUGUUAAAACAAUGUGAAUAUAUUGAUUAUGUUCUUUUCAAACUUAUUCAUUUAUCACUUAUCGUAGAUUUUACGUGAAACAAAUCAAAGUUUAAUUUUAUUUUAGUGUUUAAAUGGCUUUAUUCUCAAAGAAAUAAAAAAUUAUAUUAGUUACGUGAA